UCUAACAGUUGUCUACAUUUUUCCCAAAUUCUCAUGCUGAGAGUUGUUUGUUUCUCCUUUUCCUUCAUUGUUAUCAUUUUUACUGUUGUAUUAUCUUUCUUAUCUUCACCAAGAUGUACUUGCAAAGGUACCUUUUUUUCUUUUCUUGCCUAUCUAUGUUUCCAGAGAACGUUUCACUAAAUAUUCUUAAAGCAAAUUCAGAAUCCUUUUUUUCCCCAAUCUGAAUCCCCCUUCCUGCCAGUUAUAUUCAUUUUUCUUGAAAUGGAAAAACCAGCACUUUAAAGCCAUAAGGAAUCUAUACUUUCAUGCUCUUUUCCAUCUACCAUCCUCUUUCUACAUGCAGUGUAGUUAGGAUAUGUUGCAGACACCCUAAACCUGGAUGUGUGGUUCUUUCUGUAAUGACCAGUGCAUCCAAAAUAGCUCCAUCUACCUAAAUCACUGUGAAAUCUUUUCCUAUGAUUGAAGUUCUAUACAACCAAACCCACAUUAAUAUAUAAUGCACAUAUGCAUUACAUAGAUAUCAUUAUCUACAUGUGUAUGUCUACACUCAUACAACCUGUACAUUUGACUACGUUUAAAAUAGCCCAGAAAGAUAUAAAGCUAAAUCACAUGUAGGAGUAGCAGCAAAACAUCUUAAAUUCUGUUGCUAGGUCUCGUUGGACAGAGGCUACUGAGCAUACAAUCAAUACUAUGCUCAUGUCUCCAAGCUUGUCAAUUCCUGGGAAGUUGUGGUAGAAAUUAACCCAAAAUUGAAGACUCCAUUGAAACAGAAAAUAUUUGGCUAAUCUUAAGUGUACAAGAACCUAAUUACAUUAUACAAAAAAUCCCACAGAAAGUUAGCUCAGGACACAAAGUUGCACACAGCAGUCUGAAACCACUGGUAAAGGAGAUCAUAUUAUUCAAGAAUUAGGUAAAUGUCGCUCAGGACUGACUGGAUCAGUCCUCCAGCAGCAUGCCUAAAACCCACGUCCCAGUGGCAGCGAGGUGAUUCACGGGGAUGGCAGGGGUUCACUGAGCUGCACUGAAGGAGCGCAGUGGGAAGGCUGGCCAGACACGGGCAAACCAGCAGCCCACAGUGGCUCUGUGCUGAAUCAAUGCAAGACGUGCACACUGACGUGAUCCCUUCCUCCCUUUUGUUCCUCUUCGGUAUUUCUCAAAACCCCAAACAAGAGCGUUUUCCCCAUCAGUGGGUACCUUAGUUUCAGUGAUGUUGGUACAAUAUUUUGCUUCUCGCUGUGCUGCAAAAAGUGGUUUCUCAAAGUGAAACCAAUUGAUUCCGUUGUCAGUUACUAUCUCAGUGAAUUGUUGGUAAUUCAGUAUUUGCUCAGUAGGUUCAAGAUAGAUAAUUUGCCUGCAUGGUUGGUUUUUUUUUUGUUUGUUUGUUUUUUUUUUUUUGAGUAAAUAAGGGAGGCUUUACCUAAGCACGCUGUAAAGCAGUCAAUUGCUUUGAUUUGAGAUUUAUUUUAUCUGCAUACCACUGCAGCUCUCAUUUGUGCCUGCCUGGUAAUGAACAUACUGAGCAAACCAGAGUUUGAUAAAUUUCCCAAAAGACAUAAGAGCAGAAUUAGCUGUGAUUCUGGAUGACUCCAUUUCCAUGCUAGCCUCGCUGUCACGAUGCUGCUGUCCUAUGCAGCAAAUUAAUCAAUACCACUUUUUUAAAAGCAGUGGUUAGUUUAAAAGCCCAGGAGAAAUACGGACUGUUAACAUAAUUAGAUUUCCAGCUCCAGUUUCCAGGUUAGGAUAUUAUGGACACAUUUGUUCCUAUCACAUUUGCUUUGAGGUGUAGUAUGAAUUUUCAAUAGAUGGCUCUGCGAUAAGAAAGCAAUUCAGAUGCAAUUAUAUAAACAGUAAGAUCAGCCUGGAAUUAGCCUGGGGUGUAUAAAGCACACAGAGUUGGUGCUAGAUCACUGCCUCUCCCAGCUCAAGGCAGAAUCAGGCUCCUGUAAUAGGGAAGAAUUCAGCUGACAAGAGGUUGGUCUUUCCAGGCUUGUACUACCGCAGCCACAGGGUAAACUGGACUGUGUAACGAAUGGCUUUUGUUAUAGGAAAAUGAUGGCUGGAAGAGACUAGGGGGCGAUUCCAGAUAUUUGUAGACACUGUCAUGUAGAAUUUGUAGUUUGCAGGACAGAGAGUACACCCUGAAGCUGUCCUGGAGCUAAGCAAGGCUUUGUUUUCGGGACUCCUGAGCAGGCCUGGGAAACGAGGUCAGCGCAACAGAUGGAUUAAGUGUGGAUUCAUUGAUUUGAACUCUUUGCCGAUGUUCUUUAUUGUAAUUUGCUUGAAUCUAUUAUUUAAUUCUUGGCAGCGUUCCCAUUUCGUCCUGCCUUUAAGCCAGCUUGAAAGAAAAAAAAUACAGCGGUAUGUCUGAUACGCACAACUAUUUCUUAUUCUCCCUUGAACAUUUGAUAAGAUGCUUUCUUUAGAGAAAUACUUUAAACCAGUGAGAUUGUUUUAGUAACUCUGGUUAAUUCUAGAGCUCGUGUUCUCUCAUAUAUGUCACAUUUUCAAAUCCUUUAGCAGGAAAGGGUAGGAAAACCAACUAUUAUUUUUCUUCAUCAGCGUUUUAUCACUCAUUAGUGAAAAGUCUUAUGUAAUGCAAUUCGGUGGGAAAAAGAUGAAAAUGGUGUAUGUCCUUUUUGAGUUAUUUAUCCUUCUUUUUCUGCUCAGUGGUUGGUUAGUACUAUUUCAAUUAUAUUUCCCAGAUUAGAAAGAAUUUGCGAAGCCAUAGCUGAAAAAGUUGAGAUUACUUCUACUCUAUGACUAUCAUAACCGUUCUUGUCGAAUGCUGCGGAAAGGACUGGAAGACUCAUCUAAUUGUACUUAGGCUUUCUUUUUUUUUCCCCUCCUGUCUAGCAUGAGUCCCUUCUUUGUGAUGUCUCUCCUAUUCGGCCUGACUUUUGGCCAAACAGCAUCAGUUUGCACUCCUUCAGAGUACACAAUCCACGUGGAGAAACGGGAGUGUGCCUACUGCCUGGCCAUCAACACCACCAUCUGCGCUGGAUUUUGCAUGACACGGGACAGCAAUGGCAAGAAGCUGCUACUCAAAAGUGCUCUGUCCCAAAACGUGUGCACAUACAAAGAGAUGCUGUAUCAAACAGCACUGAUUCCGGGCUGUCCUCAUCACACCAUCCCUUACUAUUCCUACCCCGUGGCCAUAAGCUGCAAGUGCGGUAAAUGUAACACUGAUUACAGUGACUGUGUUCACGAGAAGGUGAGGACAAACUACUGCACUAAGCCACAGAAGCUCUGUAACAUGUAAGCUUCCAACGGAACGUGGCAGGAAUGUACCCCUCUGCUCACAGCCAAGCAUAAAUAAAACCAUGUUUCAUAACAGGUUUGCAAACUGGUGUGCACGACGUUUUGUUCUGAAGAGGGAUCACUAGAGUUACUUUAAUGAACUGGAUAUUCUGACAUGCACAGAAGCAGAAUCAUGGGAUUGAAGAUUUGUAUUUAGUAUUCAACUCUAAUUUACUUUAGGGAAGAAGAACAAACUGUGUACGGAUGGGCCUUUACUCAUCAACUCCAGGUACUGUGUGAAGAGUUACUCCAAAACAAAAUACUUGAUGUACCUAAGAACUAGACUACGCAUGCUCUCAGUAUUAAACAUUUCAAUUAGAUUGACACAUCCUUGCAGCCCUCAUAGUAGCAGCUGUGUUUUUCCACAUAUGCCAUGCUGAAAGUUUCCAGGGCCCCAGCUGCACUGUGCAGUCAGCUAGGACGAAGCACACGCGGUUGCUUAUCUACACUACAGUUCCACUUCAUCCCUAGCGUCAUCCAGACCUGCACCCAUUAGCAUCACCAGGCAUAGCAAUUCAUGUCUUUGCUCUAGCAGGGUAAACCCCUCUUUUUUGUGGUAUUACACUGAAAAGCCUUGUUACUCUGUUCUCUGGAAGGGAAGUGGUAAGCAAAGCUCAGGAAGAAACCUCCCUUUCCCUGCACAGGUCAGCUGGCCCCUACAGAGCACUGGGGGGCUGAGUCCCAUCACACGUGCUGAGCACACACAGGUGAGAAGUGCAGACCCAGGAAUAGGAAAAUAAAUGUAAAAUAAUACAUUUCCAUGUGACAUCUGCUGAGCCAAGAGGACCACAGACAGGUCAGCAGGGCUGCACCAAAGACAUGAAUACGGCUGGCAGAAAAUAAGUGAAACUUCCCAUGCUCCCCUGAGGAACAGGAUCACCAUUUGGCAUGUCUUUGCAGAUGCAGCCAGGAGAACAAACCUACUGUAUAUACAAACAACGUGGUAAAAAUAUUUGACCAACAAGGAAUUACAAGAACUAUUUCUGAGCUAAGAAGCUGCAGCUCUGCGCAGCAGUGAGAGCUUCAAAGCCCCAUUAAAUAAAAUGUUCUAAUGUGUUAAAUCACUGUUGAAAGCUUUAUUUCA